ACCCCAAUGGCCACAGAAUCGACGGCGAUGUUCGUAGCGGCAACAGCGACAGUCAUGGCAUUCCAUAUCCCCCCCGGCCUAUCUCUCUCUCUCCGCUCGCUGUUGAGGUGGCGGAGCUCGUGGACGCGGCCUUUUCCAACCCUUACAGGACCGUAACACGUUCAGGCCGUCUUCCGAUGCCGAUUCCGGUCAUCAUCGAGAUCGUUGGGAAUACUAUCUACCAGAAUGCCGGAGGAUACCCCGAUACACCUCCCGCGUCCUCGUUCUGUAUCAGUGUCACAACCCGCCCUGACGAUGUGUAUCAUUUCCAUACCCUUAAUCGCAUACUCGAUGAUCCCUCAGGGUUCCAACGGGGCAACGGAAUUACUCCGGGCCACACCCAUCCAGCUCACUUCCGCCGCCACAGCGCAGACUGGCGCGUGCAGCGACCCCUUCGGCCUAUGUAUAAUCUGGUACGCGCUGUGCCUGAAAGACCCCCUCGACCGCCGGCUCGUGGUGAUGCCCGCCGCCGCGAAACCCCUGAUCCAGCCAGCUCUGGCGCCGCCGAUGACGCCCCUUAUUAUGCCACCCGCACAGGCCGUCCGCCCAAUCCGGGGCAUUUCUCGCCGGAUGUCGUCGAGCAACGACGGCCCAGCUCUGUCCCGGCCAGCCUGUGGGCGAGGAGUUUGAGAUCGCAUUUUCCGGAUUCUGCAACCGAGCCUGGCUUGGAGCGUGAUGAAGGGGCUAGAGCUGGCGGGGCAACUGGGCUGCUACAUCCAGAGGCUGAAGGUCAAACGAACGGUACGAACGCGUCUCAGCCUUCCCCGAGCAUGAUCGACCUACACGAUGGCCCGGUUGCUCCGACUGUGAAUGGGCAUCAUUCUGGCUCUCCCUCUUCUUCUACCUCCGGUUCUCCCUUUGGCUCUCGCCUUGCUGCUCGUGAUCUUCCCUUUCACCCCGGCUCUCGUUCUGGUGCUGGUUCCGGUGUUGAAACUGGUUCCCGCUUGAGGCGUGGGGGUAAUCACGCGAAUGGUGACGACGACGGUGGUGGCGAUAGUCAGGUUGCCUGAGGAGGGGAAGGGUUCUACGACGUAACAUAACUACUUUCCUGAAGGAUUAGACUUUGGCUCACAUUGCUAUCGCACUUGGUUCGCCAUAAUAGCGGCAGAUACCCAGCGUU